UCGUGAAUACUGUUUGCUGACAGCCGGCUGGGUUGCAGAUGGACCUCGUGAUCGAUGCGCCAGUUUAGGGAGUUUUUGCAUUGAGACUAGCCGUUCUUGUCAUCUUUAGCACAUUGCAUGGGACGUCAGUCCCCAUAUACCCAUUCAUUAAUGUGCAUAUGCGCGUAUCGUUCGGGUCAAGGUGGCGAGGGAGACGAGACGAGAUCAUUUCGGUGGACCGCGCACAGGCUGUCAACCUGAGAUCUAUGCUUCUACAUCUCCGGAGGCGAUCACCAGCUCCGAGGACGUUGCGGUCACUGAUUGCCGCUCAGGUGAAAUCUCGUCAAAUGGUGUCAAGCUACCCCUCCACCGUACUAGACUAUAUGGAAUGGCAUAUCUGUCAGAAUAUCUCGCAGAAGUACGAGGAGAAAGGUGAACUUGCGGUCUGUAUAGAGGAGAUCCCCAGGACGAUUGCCCAGCUGGAAGGAUCGUUCCCAGAAAGCGACCUGUCUGAACCGCCCCCUGGAGCUAUAGAGGGAGCGCUAGGCUGUUUGACUAUGGAUAUGGCGGAGGAUGCCGAGGACGCACUUCGACGGCGUCUCUGUAACGAAAUCGAUCGCGCGAGAUCAUCACGGCCGAGGAGGAGGAGCAGGGCUUCGAGGCAACUGGGGGUGCAACUAUCGACACCCCACUGGCCCGUGUCCAAGAGUUCAUGCGGUCCAGAGUGGUCCAUGCUUGCCGUUCCGACCGCAAGACGGUCGCUUCUGUUGAAAGCGGUAAAGAGGAACUUGGCAAAAGCCAGUCGCGGAACAUCUUUGGAUUACGCUACGCCUGAUGAUGUGAUGAAGGGCAUAGAGCCCUACUUGACAGAGGACGGGUGAAGCUGACAGUCCCAGAUCUGAGCCUCUGUAAUCUCCACCGGAAUAAGCGUCGGCUUCUGAACCAGCUUCAGAAGAGAAGGGCAAUGACUAAAGUCGACGAUUUGUCUGUGCAGUGAAAGCUCACUAAAGCAUCUCGUGCGCAUCGAUAUAUCGGUAUGGUCG